UCUUUUCUAUCAGUAUAAAUACAUCAUCAUUCCUCUUACCAUUUUACUAUUCCUCUCCUCUCUAAUUAUAUCAAACUCCUAAAUAUAUUCCUCCAAUUUCUUAAUUCAAAUUAUUAAAUUUCCAUGGCUGCACCCCAUAGCCAUAACUUCAACCUCCCUCCCGGAUUCCGAUUCUAUCCUACCGAUGAAGAACUAGUCGUUCAUUUCCUCCACCGUAAAGCUGCCUUGUUGCCUUGCCACCCCGACGUCAUUCCCGAUCUCAAUCUCUUCACCUACGAUCCUUGGGAGUUAGACGGGAAGGCGUUGGGAGAGGGAAACCGUUGGUAUUUCUACAGCAGAAAGAUUGAAGGUAGAGUUACUGAUAAUGGGUUUUGGAAUCCGUUGGGCAGAGAUGACCCCGUUCUUUCAACCGCCACCUCCGAAGUCGUCGGAAUGAAGAAAUAUUUUCUCUUUCACCUCCAAGACGCCGAUGCCGGACCUCUCAAAACUAACUGGAUAAUGCAUGAGUUUCGUCUUGCCGAUGCUGCCGCCGCCGUCGCCACCUCAUCUUCCUCCUCUAGACGCCGUGGACGGCCAAAAAGAGAUUAUAGCAAAUGGGUAUUAUGCAGAGUUUACGAGAGAGAUGAAGAGAAGGAAGAAGAAGAAGACGGGGCAGAGCUAUCGUGUUUGGAUGAAGUUUUUCUAACGUUGGACGAUCUUGAUGAAAUAAGCUUACCCAAUCGCAUCCAAUGAAUUAAAUAUGCCUCCCAACUCAAACACAACUCUUACCCACGUGCUCUAUACCACUUAUUAUUAUUAUUAUUACAUCCCCUCGGCCUCCACCCAAACUCUCUCUCUAUAUUACCAACUCAACCCCAAUCCCACUUUUUCAUUUAUAUUAUAUAUAUAUAUAUAUAUAUAUAUAUAUAUAUAUAUAUUUCACUUUUUUAUUUUAUUUUAAUCUCUUUAUGCACUUUUUUUUCUUCUUUUUAAUUAGUUAUAUAUAUUAAAAACAAAUUACCAAUUUUUACUUCUUUUUUUUUCAUGCAAAUUUCUUCUCCAUGUACUCAACUUUAGUUUUAGAUUUCCUUUUUCCCCUUUACUUUUCACUAAAUAUAUAUAUAGGGUACAAUUUUGUUUUGUUUUAUUUUUUUUUCCUUUUUCAUAUAUUGUUAUAUUAAUUAUGUAAGGAAUGUUACUUUUUAAAUGUAUACUUAUUGUUAGUUCUUAUUUCAAUGUGUUGAAUUUUACACUUGUUUAAUU